UACCAUCGAGGUGUUGAUCGUGUUGCGUUGAUUUUUUUUUUUUUUCUUUAUGGUGAUUAUUUAGGAUAGUAAUGGGGUAGAUCUGUGCGAGUUUGGUGGCGAAUCCUUUCGGGAUCUAUCUUUGCGUGCAUUCGACGCGUUUUUUCGAGAUCUUGUUUGGUAUAGUGUCAGUUGUUUGGAUCUAUAUAAGGUUGUUGAUCCAGAGGGAUUUUAGGUGGAAGAGUUGUGUGUAAGAAAGAAAGGAUUUUGAUUGUUAAAUUAAGGGAAUAGGAUCUGAGGCUUUGAGGAAUGGCGACAGAAGCAGCUAACGGGAAUAAUCAUGUUGUGGCAAAGCCGCCUCCCACCCCUUCCCCUCUGCGCAAUUCGAAAUUUUUGCAGUCCAAUAUGCGGAUCUUGGUAACUGGUGGAGCUGGUUUCAUUGGAUCCCAUUUGGUGGACAAACUGAUGGAGAAUGAGAAGAAUGACGUGAUUGUUGCAGACAAUUAUUUCACUGGUUCCAAAGACAAUCUUAGAAAAUGGAUUGGUCAUCCAAGAUUUGAGCUGAUUCGUCAUGAUAUCACUGAGCCCUUAUUGGCGGAGGUCGACCAGAUAUAUCACUUGGCUUGCCCUGCUUCACCAAUUUUCUAUAAGCACAAUCCUGUGAAGACGAUUAAGACAAAUGUCAUUGGCACAUUGAACAUGUUGGGACUGGCAAAGCGAGUGGGUGCAAGGAUUUUAUUGACUUCAACCUCAGAGGUGUAUGGGGAUCCACUGCAACAUCCUCAGACAGAAGAAUACUGGGGCAAUGUUAAUCCCAUUGGUGUCCGGAGCUGCUAUGAUGAAGGGAAGCGAGUGGCGGAGACCUUGAUGUUUGAUUACCAUAGGCAGCAUGGCAUAGAGAUCCGGAUUGCUAGAAUCUUUAACACCUAUGGACCGCGCAUGAACAUCGAUGAUGGUCGUGUUGUCAGUAACUUCAUUGCCCAAGCACUACGGGGUGAGCCUUUGACAGUUCAGGCCCCAGGAACACAGACUCGGAGUUUCUGUUAUGUCUCUGAUAUGGUUGAUGGACUAAUCCGGCUGAUGGAAGGAGAAAACACAGGGCCUAUUAACAUAGGAAAUCCUGGUGAAUUUACAAUGAUGGAACUCGCUGAGAUUGUGAAGGAGUUAAUUGAGCCAUCAGUGACGAUUCAACUUGUCGAGAACACACCCGACGAUCCUCGUCAAAGGAAGCCCGACAUCACAAAAGCAAACCAACUUCUUGGAUGGGCUCCCAAGGUUACUCUGCGAGAAGGUUUACCUUUAAUGGAAGAAGAUUUCAGGAAAAGGCUGGGUGUGCCUAAGAAAGCAUGAUCAUCUAUAUUAUUGUCCAACAAUGCCUUGAAAUUUGAAUGCUAUAUAUAUUCAAUCAUAUCGAAGGUGUGUCUUAAAAGAAUUCGAAAAGAUUUUUUUUUUCCUUAAGAGUCGGUGAGAUUUAAGGAUAUGGCAAAACUUGUUUGAACUCGAUUCUUCUUUAUUCUAAUGCUCAUAAUAUAGAACAAUAAUCAAUUUGAUUA